AUGACUCCCGCGCAACGCCGUGCCAACGAGAAACACGCCAAGGGCGUCGAGAAGCGCAUGGGCAAGCCCGAAUCGGCGUACAAGAAGAAAGAAACCAAGAAGUCGCCUGUGGGCGUCGCCGCUGUCGUGCUCCUCAUUUUCGUGGUCGUCGCGCCCCUGAUCAUCGAACAAUUAAAGCUGAUCCCGUAUCUCUGGGGCCUCUUCCUCGAUCUGCUGGCCAAGGUCGGGCUAGUGUCGAAAUAA